ACGAGAGUUUGAAUAAACCAUUUGCGUGUUUGAAUUUUUUAGAUACCACACUGGAUCUUUGGCUUUUGGUUCGCUGAUAAUUGCCAUCGUACAGAUCAUCAGAGCGAUGCUAGAAUACAUCGAACAUAAACUGAAAGGUAUAUGUACUAUAAACUAGCUGGGUUUUAUAAAUAGUAUAAUACUCAAUUGUAUUCUCAUCCCUAUUUUUUUUCGUUUCUUCCAGAAUCUGGUCAAAACAAUCAGAUCGUGAAAUAUAUCAUGAAGUAAGCUGAAUAUUAUAUCUAUUAAAACGGCGAGCUUCGUUUGUUUCGUUAUUCAGAGCUACCGUGAACUCGCAAGGGGGUGCGCCACCCCCCCCCCCCCCCCUCCUACUAGUGGUGUCUAGCACUCCCCUAAAGAAGUCCAGCACCACCCUAAAAAAAUGUACUUGACCAUACAUAUUCUGCUUUUCCAAUAGCGCUUAGCAGAACUUCUACUGUUAACGCGUGUCGAUUUCUUGAAACGACCCAAUGGACUUGUGAGCUCACGAGAAAAUACUCAGAAUGCUUUAGUUAAUAUCAUAGUUAAAUAUGUAAACAUGUCGAGGUUGUUGUACAGCCAUAUUUUCAAAUAUACUGUACUUACUGUACUGUGGUGCUACAGCAACUGUCAGGUCACGCACACGUGAUAAAAACCGAUAUAAACUUUAUAAACACAAGAUAAUGUAAAACGUAUAACAGAAUGGCGAACAUGCAGAUUCGGCCAUCUCAAAUAACUGGUAAUAUUGGGAUAGUAGCGUUGCAGAGGACAGCUGGCAGUAAGGCUCCCUCAUUCACCACCCCGUGGAAACACCCUUGACCCUUCCUUGCAGAUGAGGCUAGAUCCGCCCCUGGAGUUUUCAGUUCAUAAAAUAUAUCAUACAGUUGAUUUACGGAUAAAAUUGUACAGUUCCUUAACCUGUAUCGUUCUCUUUCUGUCUCUUGUAAAGGUGUCUAAAAUGCUGUUUUUGGUGUCUGGAAAAAUUCCUAAAAUUCUUAAACAAGAACGCGUACAUUGAGGUAUACAGUGUAUUUCAAAUAUAAUUCCAGGAAUUUCAAGCAUCGUGUCGUAAAUAGUAAGCACAGUGUUUUAUAUUUUUUUGUUUCCUCGCACAGAUUGCCAUAUAUGGGAAGAACUUUUGCGUCUCGGCUAAAAACGCUUUCUUUCUGUUGAUGCGAAAUGUCGUGAGGUAUGUUCGCACGAUCAUUUAAUCUACGUAUAAAACUUAAACCAAACUCAACUUAAUUACGGUGCCGUGUAUUCGUUGCGUGAGCGUGUUAGUCUAUUAGUUUGUUUAGAAUCAUAAGCCUUGGCAUGCAUUGUACUAUUGUAGUACUAUGUCUGGUUAUCAAAUACAGUAUACUCGCUUUAUUUAUACCGAAUAGCUUUAAACUACAUUCUCUAAUAGUUGUUUUUCUUAACGUUCUAGAGUUGUUGUUUUGGACAAAGUUACAGAUUUCUUGUUAUUUAUUGGCAAAGUUACCAUAACUCUUGCGAUGGGUGAGUGCCUGUUACAUAGUUUUUGCAUGCUGCUCAAACCCAACCAGUUGCUGUCGCAAAUUAUGCAACUGUAAAUGUUUAAUCUUUCCUGAAAUCUCUAUCAAUGUGGCCCUAAUGUUUAUUAGUUAAACCAAAUUUUAUCCGUUUCAGCUGUUGGAAGUUUUUAUUGGUUUGAACGAGAUAAAAAUCUGAAUUAUUUUUUGGCACCAGUAAUUGUAAGUACAGUACUGUACAUGCUCGCUUGGAAAUUCUCUCAGAACGUUUUAUAUAUACCGUAUUUUUUUACCUUUCGUUUUAGAUAAUCACAGUUGCUACUUACGUUAUCGCAACUGCAUUCUUCAGCGUCUAUGAGAUGGCUAUCGAUACACUUUUCUUGUGCUUCUGUGAGUAUCUGAUUUUAUUCUGUUGCUGUUUGUAUGAGCCGUUUGGGCUCGGCAGUGUCGUUAUCCCGUCUGAUUGACGCGCUUCGUAGGUAUCAUGUGAAUGGGCUACCUGGUUGAAAUAGACCUACUAUACCAUACCAUGCUACACCUUACUAUACUGUAUUACCACACCAUACGAUAUACCAUACUAUACUGUAUAAGAUACAGUACUGUAUAAGAUACAGUGUACCAUAAAUUGCCACACCAGUACCAUACCACACUACACAUCACCACACCCCACCAUACAACACCAUACUACCAUACAACACCAUACUACCAUACCAUACUGCACCUUGCCAUACUAUACUAUACCAUACCACUCAAGUAACAAUACCAUAGCAUACCACCACACCAUUCACCAAACCAUACCACAUUAUACCAUACCAUACCAUACCAUUUAAAAUUAUUGUUAAAUUAAUUUACUGUAUAUAAAAUAUUGUCUUGAUUUUGAUCUUGGAUUUUAAGAUGCAUCUCUUUGAAAUUUGUUUUAUCUUAUCAUACUAUACGUCUAUACCAUACUAUAACCACAUUUUACCAUGUCCCACCAUAACAACCACACCAUACCAUACCACAUAUCGCGGCUCUCACCACACAAUACCACGCCUUACCAAGAACUAAAAUAAACAAUUUUCUGUCGACGUUAGUGGAAGACUUGGAACGCAACGACGGCUCCGAAGAGAAACCUUACUACAUGUCCAAAAAACUGAAGAAAAUAUUGGGCAAGAAAAACAAACGAAACUCAGACAGUGAAUGAGCCUCCUCUAUACAGGUAUUUUGGGACUGAACUUUGGUAAGUAUGUUAAUAGUAAUAACGGGCGUUAUCCCCAUUAGUGUUGAAGUAGCCGCCGGUGUGUGAUGACAUAAAAGUGUGGUUAAAUUAGAUUUUUUCUACAAAUAUAGAACAAAGGUUAUUCCGAAUAAGGAGUGCAUAAUAUAAACACACAAUUUAUAAAAACUGUAUAUUUCGAAUCAAAUGGUGUUUUGCAAGAUAUGUCGUUACAUUAAUUGCUUACGGUUGUAAUAUAACGACAUAUCUUGCAAGAAACUGCUGAAGAUGAAUCAGAUUUGAUUCGAAAUAUACAAUUUUUAUAAAUUGUGUGUUAAUAUUAUUAACUCCUUAUUCGAAAUAACUUUUGUUCUAUAUUUGCUGAAAUUAUCAGCCGGAAAAGGAUUCUAGAUUUUUUCUAUACUGUAAAAACUUUUUUUCUCGCUCCGCGGUCCAAAUUGCCGGCUUAUUUUGCAUACUUCGGGCGCGUGUUUUUUUUUACUUCGAUUCAAACUUGUUUUGUACUAAAGAGCUGUUUAAAAGGAUUCAACAUGUCGAUCUAAUGUUAAAAGAUAAACAUAUUGAAUUCGUUUUAACACUCUGUCGCGUGUAAAAGCAUGUUAACCUCGUUCAACGAUGGACGAACGCACGCUUCUACAUUUCUUUUUGUAUUUCAAAGAGUAAGAAGCUCAGCUUAUCUACACUUUUUUUGUACUCCAAAGAGUAAGAGGCUAAGCUUAUCUUUUGUUUUCCAAAGAGUAACAAGCCCGUGUUCCUUGAUCAUUCAAUUAGUCUAACCUGGUCGCAGUCCAGGCUAUUGUGAUUGUAUAAUAUACUUCAGUUAAUGAUUAAUGUAAAAUUGUAUACGUAUACUGUAAUCUUAAGGUUGUGCGGUCACCUAUUAUCACUGGAAAAAAUUUGUGAAAUCCAUACUACAUGGAAAUUAUAUUUGCAGCACCAAACCCAUAGUUCAUCCACACUAUUUUCAUGCUAUAUCCAUAGUAUGAAAAUGGCAAUCUGCGCAUCCAAAUGACGCGUUGUGCGCAAGGAUAAAUUACAGUUGAACUAUAACAUGUAUAGUUGAGACUGGAUGGGUUAGAAUGUGCAUAUCUCAGACUCAUUAAUAAUUCAUGAGUAAAUUAGCCAACCAUAUUGCCAUAGAAUAAAGAUCCAUAUAGAAGGUCUACUUACGUCGGAAGCUUUGAAGUUUCCGUCCUCGCGCAUUACGCAUGUUGGCCGCCAUUUUCCUAGCCAGUCAAUGACAUUUUCUGGCCAAUAAACACGCUGUACUGGUGGCUGGCGGCUCCGCCUUCUGGCCAGUAAACUGCAUAUUUUUGCAUAAAAAAACGAGGACACGUUGCACCGCUGAGUGGCCCUUCUGUUACUGAUCUUUAUUCUGUGAUAUUGCUUUAUUUUGCUCAUAUGAUAGUACUGGAUACCUGGUGGAGUAUAUUGAUUCAGUCCUAGGACUGGAUCAAAAUUAAUUCACCUCACUUGAAGUCCAAGUCCGAAUUGGAGGAUUUGAAAUGACAUCUCAUACGAAUAAAUCACUUAUUCGUAUGAGAUGUCAUUUCAAAUCCUCCAAUUCGGACUUGGACUUCAAGUCCUCGCAUUUUGAACCAGUUCUCGCAUUUUGAUCAAAUUGUGCGGACUUGAAAUCUAGUCCAGUCCUCAUAGUCGGAUUUGAAUUAUUACAUCAGAGUAUUCAACUGUUCAAUCAACAUUUGAAUUUGCAAAAUAUUGCUCAAAGAACAACUUUUGCUUUGUACGGUUGAUUGGCUCAAAAUUAGAUAAUACAUUCUCUUAAGUGUACAAUACCUUUCUUUAUUAUAUAAAGUAUAGUGCUUUAUAGAGAUUUCGAGCACUGAUAAAAGUGAUAAUCUCGCAUGUGAGAUUAUUUAUGAUAAUCUCGCAUGUGAAAAUUAUCGCUUUUCAAUUAUCGCUUUUCUGUAAAAAUUAUCGCUUUCAAAGACUGUCCUUUAUAUAAUAAACAGAAAAAUACAUGGGUGCUUGGAAAUACCAGAUUUAUUUUCAAAUCUGGUAUUCCGCGCACCCAUGUAUUCUCUAUUUAUUUUGCUUUACACAGAAGACAAAAUAUGCUAGUACAAAAGACUAUUUAAUGGACAGUUCUGUUGCGACUAUAAGUGAAACACAAAUAAUGAUUGAACAGUUCAAUAAUUUGACAUGUAUAUUUUAGUGCUUAGGGACGGACCAUUAGAAAAGUGAUGGGGGGGGGGGGGCAAAACCAAAAAA